AGAGAAGUUCUUCGAGAAGCCAUCAAUGGCGGAUACAGAAGCAAUGAGACUCGAAGACAAUCUGAGAGUGAGAGAUGAGUCUUCGAAUUUGUAAUUUCCCGUUCCAUCCAAAAUUCGCGCUACAACCUCGCGCCCAAAGGUCAACACGAAUCUUCGCUCAUACAGAGAACGAUUCUCCACAACAACAACAACUCAACCUCUCUGUUCUUCGCUUCACUUUCGGAAUUCCUGGGUUUGACGAAUCUUAUCUACCGAGAUGGAUCGGGUACGGGUUUGGAUCACUUCUUCUUCUUAACCACUUCUCAGCUUCUGCUCCAAUCAGUGAAUCUCAAAUGAGAUCAGAGGCUUUGGGAUUAUCACUUGCUGCAUUUUCAAUAGCUUUACCUUACAUUGGAAAAUUCCUUAAGGGCUCUGUAGUGGAGCAGAGAACUCUACCUGAAGAAGGAGAGCAGAUUUUUGUGAUAUCAUCAAAUAUUGGAGAUUCUUUGAAGGAGGAUUUAGCGUGGGCAACGUAUGUUUUGUUGAGGAAUACAAGUACUAUAGCUGUGUUGAUAUCGGUUCAAGGCGAGCUUUGUGUUCGUGGGUACUGGAAUUGUCCAGAUCAGAUGUCAAAGACUCAACUACAUGAUUGGUUUAAGAAAAAAGUGGAUGAGAUUGGCUUGGCUGAUGUGAAGGACACCCUUUAUUUCCCUCAAUAUGCAGGUUCUGCACCAUCUUGGGAUAUUCUUCCCGAUGGGACGCGUUCUCUUUUUGUGCAACCUCUUGUACAAAAUAUAAGUGAACCGCAGAAAGUGAAUGGGUUUUUGCUGGUGGCUUCUACUGCUGGAUAUGCAUAUAGCGAUAAAGAUAGAGCCUGGAUUGGAGCUAUGGCUGAGAAAUUCAGAGGUUAGAUUGUUCCCAUGGAUCAAAAUGAAAUAAGGACUUCUUG